CAAUUUUCAAGCCCUAUCAGUUCUCUCGCUUUCAACCAAGAACCUCCCCGUCUCCUUCUCAAACACCACCAUGCCCGUCGCCAUCGUCACCGGCGCCUCCCGCGGCAUCGGCCGCGCCAUCGCCAUCCGCCUCGCCUCCGAUGGCUUCAGCGUCGUCGUCAACGACAUCGUUCCCCAAAAGUCCCUCAUCGACGAAGUCAUCGCCGAGAUAAAAAAGGCGGGCCACGAAGCCCACGGCGUCACCGCCGACGUGAGUAACGAAGCGCAGGUGCAAGCCAUGGUCGACGAAACCGUCGCCAAGUACGGUGAGCUCAAUGUCAUCGUCGCGAACGCUGGGAUCCUGGAGACUUCGACGCUGCUGGAGAUGACGGUUGAGAAGUGGGACCGCACAUAUGCGAUUAACACGCGCGGCGUGUUUCUGUGCUGGACGAUUGCGGCGAAGCAGAUGAUCAAGCAGGGACAUGGUGGGAAGCUGAUUGCUGCGUGCUCGAUUUCGGGGUACCGGCCUUCGGGGAAGGCACCCGCGUACUGCAGUUCCAAAUGGGCGGUUCGAGGGUUGACGCAGACCGCGGCGCUGGAGUUUGGGCAGUAUGGGAUUACGUGCAACUCGUACUGCCCCGGGUCCGUGAAGACGGAUAUGAGUCGUGUGUUUGCGGAGAGGUUGGCGGCGGAUAAGGGGCUCAAGGAUGUAGAGGAGGUGUAUAAGACGAGCUCGCAUAGGACGAACGCGAUCCAGCAUGAGCUGUUUCCGGAGGAUAUUGCGGGUUUGGUGAGUUUCUUGAGUGGGAAGGACAGUAAUCGGAUGACGGGGCAGAGCAUCAUUUGUGAUGGGGGGAUUUACUUCUCAUAAGGGUACUAUCAUUUCUGAUAAAAUGGGAGGUACGUGAGAUCCAAAGUAUUUAAGGAUAGUUCCGGCAGUCAUGUAGAGCAUUAAGCAUCAUAAGAUACCAG